GGAGGGCAACUUCCGGUUCCGCUUUUUUUUCACGGUGGGAAGAAACCGGCGAGGGGUCGGGCUGAGAGCUGGGAUACCGAAGCGGAGGGAAGCGCGGAGAGGAGCUUCGGAAAGACUCGGUUCCCGUUCAACUCGGCGCCCCGCCCACUCAUCCGGGAGCCACGCCCCCUCCCGGCAGGAUGAACCGCCCGAAGGCCGCGGCCGCGCGCCGUCCUAGCGCCGCCGCCAAACCCUCCGGUCACCCGCCUCCAGGAGAUUUCAUCGCCUUGGGUUCGAAAGGCCAGGCCAAUGAAUCCAAAACGACGGCCGCAUUGCUGAAGCCGGCCUCGGCGGGUUUGCCUUCUGAAAGGAAGCGGGAUGCCUCUGCUCCUCUGUCGGGAGCUUCUGGGCUCACAGGGCUUUCCAAGCGCCCCAAACUCGCCGCAACGCCCCCCCUGAGUGCUUUGGGACGGCUGGCCGAGGCUGCCGUGGCCGAGAAGAGGGCCAUCUCUCCUUCCAUCAAGGAACCCUCGGUGAUUCCCAUUGAAGUGGCUGCAACCAUCCUGGUGGAUGAAAUUGAGUCUGCGGAAGCUGAAGGCAACGACGACCGCAUCGAAGGGGUGUUGUGUGGAGCCGUGAAGCAGCUGAAAAUGAAUAGAGCCAAGCCAGACACCACCCUGUACUUGAGCCUGAUGUACCUGGCAAAAAUGAAGCCAAACAUAUUUGCCACGGAAGGAGUGAUUGAGGCGCUCUGCAGUCUUCUCCGUCGAGACGCCUCUAUCAACUUUAAAGCCAAAGGGAAUAGUCUCGUCUCUGUCUUGGCUUGUAACCUUCUGAUGGCAGCAUACGAGGAAGAUGAGAACUGGCCUGAGAUUUUUGUCAAGGUGUACAUAGAAGAUUCUCUAGGAGAACGGAUUUGGGUGGACAGCCCACAUUGCAAGACCUUUGUGGAAAACAUUCAGACAGCAUUCAGCACCAAGAUGCCCCCCAAAAGUAUUCUGUUACAUGGGGAGGUUGGACGUGGCGGAGGAGACCUCAGUGCUGGGAACAGCCCACAUCCCUCUGUGCCAGACGAGGAAGACAGCCAGAGCGAGUUGUUGAUCGCUGAGGACAAGAUGAGCCCUGAGCAGGAGGGACAGUUGAUGCCCAGGUAUGAUGACCUGGCCGAGAGCGUGGAGGAGUAUGUCCUGGACAUGCUGCGGGACCAGCUCAACAGGCGCCAGCCAAUGGACAAUGUUUCUCGCAAUCUCCUGCGUCUCCUGACCGCCACGUGUGGCUACAAGGAGAUCCGCCAAAUGGCAGUGCAAAGGCUUGAGAUGUGGCUGCAGAACCCCAAGCUCACCCGUCCGGCUCAGGACCUCCUUAUGUCAGUCUGCAUGAACUGCAACACCCACAGCUCUGAGGAUGUGGAAGUGGUCUCCAACCUGAUUAAAAUCCGCUUGAAGCCCAAAGUCCUUCUCAACCAUUACAUGUUGUGUGUCAGGGAACUACUGAAUGCCCACCGGGACAACUUGGGUACAGUGGUCAAAUCGGUGAUCUUCAAUGAACUUUCAAAUGCUAGAAACCCCAACAACAUGCAGAUUCUCUACACAGUCCUCCAGCAUAGCCCAGAGCUUGCUCCCAAGUUCCUGGCAAUGGUGUUCCAGGAUCUGCUGACCAACAAAGACGACUACCUACGGGCGUCACGGGCCUUGCUGCGGGAGAUCAUCAAGCAGACCAAACAUGAGAUCAACUUCCAGGCCUUCUGUCUCGGCCUCAUGCAGGAACGGAAGGAGUCCCAGUAUGUUGAGAUGGAGUUCAAGGACCGGUUUGUCAUCCAUAUAACAGACCUGCUGGCUGUCUCCAUGAUGCUCAGCAUCACUGUCCAGGUGAAGGAAGCAGGGAUUGCGUGGGACAAAGGAGAGAAAAAGAAUCUGGAAGUACUGCGGGCCUUCCAGAACCAGAUUGCUGCAAUUCAACGGGAUGCUGUCUGGUGGCUGCACACUGUGGUUCCCUCUAUCACUAAACUGGCUCCCAAGGACUAUGUCCAUUGCCUCCACAAAGUGCUCUUCACGGAGCAGCCGGAGACCUACUACAAAUGGGACAACUGGCCACCCGAGAGCGACCGCAACUUCUUCCUUCGCCUAUGCUCUGAAGUGCCCAUCCUCGAAGACACACUCAUGCGCAUCCUUGUGAUCGGCCUGUCCCGUGAUCUCCCUCUUGGCCCUGCCGAUGCCAUGGAGCUGGCUGACCAUUUGGUGAAACGGGCGGCAGCUGUGCAGGCAGACGACCUGGAAGUCUUGAGAGUGGAGAGGAUUCAGCUGAUUGAUGCUGUCUUGAACCUGUGCACUUACCACCAUCCGGAGAAUAUCCAGCUGCCUCCGGGGUACCAGCCUCCAAACCUGGCCAUCUCUACACUUUACUGGAAAGCUUGGCCCCUGUUGCUUGUAGUUGCUGCAUUCAAUCCUGAGAACAUCGGUCUUACUGCCUGGGAGGAAUACCCCACACUCAAGAUGCUCAUGGAAAUGGUCAUGACCAACAAUUACUCCUACCCUCCCUGCACAUUGACAGACGAAGAGACCCGCACGGAAAUGAUCAACCGUGAACUCCAGAUCUCGCAGCGGGAGAAGCAAGAAAUCCUGGCUUUUGAAGGCCACCUGGCAGCUGCAUCCACCAAGCAGACCAUCACAGAGAGCAGCAGCCUCUUGCUGUCUCAGCUCACCAGCCUGGAGCCCCAGGGCCCUCCCCGGAGGCCACCUCAGCCAGUCCUGGAUCAAGUGAAAAGCCUCAACCAGUCGCUCCGCUUAGGUCACCUCUUGUGUCGCAGCAGACACCCCGACUUUCUACUCAACAUCAUCCAGAGACAGGCUUCUUCCCAGUCAAUGCCAUGGCUGGCAGAUCUGGUUCAGUCUAGUGAAGGCUCCUUGGAUGUCCUUCCAGUGCAGUGUCUCUGUGAAUUCCUUCUGCAUGAUGCCGCUGAUGAAUCUGCUUCUGGUGAGGAAGAAGAAGAGGGAGAGAGUAAAGAGCAGCGGGCUAAGAAGCGGCAGAGGCAGCAGAAGCAAAGGCAGUUGCUGGGACGCCUCCAGGAUCUCCUCUUGGGACCCAAGGCUGAUGAACAGACCACGUGCGAAGUGCUCGACUAUUUCCUGAGGCGUCUUAGUUCCUCACAAGUGGCCUCCCGGGUGCUGGCCAUGAAGGGGCUGUCCUUGGUGCUUUCGGAAGGGGGAAUCCGUGACAGAGAGGAGAAGGAGCCUCCUAUGGAGGAAGACUCCGGCGACUCGGAGCUCCUGCAGGGCUACCAGUGGCUUCUGCGGGACCUCCCCAAGCUGCCCUUGUUUGACAGCGUCAGGACCACCACAGCUGUUGCUUUGCAGCAGGCCAUCCACAUGGAGACUGACCCACAAACCAUCAGUGCUUAUCUGGUGUACCUUUCCCAGCAUGCGCCGAUGGAGGAUCAAGGGCAACACAACGACCUGGCUCUGGAUGUGGCUCGGCUGAUCGUGGAACGCUCCACCAUCAUGUCCCACCUCUUCUCAAAGCUCUCCUACUGUUCGGAGUCAGAUGCUGUGCUGGUGGCACUACUUUCCAUCUUCUCGCGCUACAUCAGGCGCAUGCGCCAAAGCAAAGAAGGCGAGGAGGUCUACAGCUGGUCGGAGUCUCAAGAUCAGGUUUUCCUCCGCUGGAUAACUGGUGAAACGGCCACAAUCCACAUACUAGUAGUCCACGCCAUGGUGAUUCUGCUGACGCUUGGUCCACCUCAGGCCGGGGAUGGCGACUUUUACACAUUACUGGACAUCUGGUUUCCGGAAAAGAAGCCCCUUCCCACAGCUUUCUUGGUGGACACGUCAGAGGAGGCUCUGCUUCUUCCCGACUGGCUGAAGCUGCGCAUGAUCCGCUCGGAGGUGCCUCGGUUGGUGGAUGCUGCACUGCAGGACCUUGAGCCCCAGCAACUGCUCCUCUUUGUCCAGUCCUUCGGCAUUCCCGUUUCCAGCAUGAGUAAACUUCUGCAGUAUCUGGAUCAGGCCGUGUCACACGACCCUCAGACAUUGGAGCAGAACAUCAUGGAUAAGAAUUAUAUGGCUCACCUUGUGGAGGUGCAGCAUGAAAGAGGAGCUACUGGUGGGCAGACUUUCCAUUCCCUUCUCACCACCUCCCUGCCAUCUCGCAGAGACAGUGAUGAUGCUCCGCGAGCCAAAAGCAGCCUUGAUACUCCACCGGGGCAGGGUAGGAUACGAGCUUUGGCCCAGAUCCGAGUUCUUGGCCCAGAGGAUGACUUUCCAGGCAUCCUUCUCCAGUUGUUUCAAUUGACUCCAGAUCCCCGGUGGCAAAAUUCCAAUCCGCGCCCCCUCGCCUUGGCUCUGCAGCAGGCGCUGGGACAGGAGCUGGCACGGAUCCGCCAGGGAAACCCUCCAGUGCCAGGAACCGCUGUGAAGCUUUUGCAGGCAAUGGCCGCUCUGCUGAACUCUCCCCAUGGCGGGACACUGGUGAUGGCGAUGCACCGAAACCAUGUUGUGUCUUGUCCGCUCAUGCGCUUGCUGUGCCAGUAUCAGCACUGCAUCCCCCAAGAUGCAACAUUCUCUACACUGUUCUUCAAAGUCCUCAUGCAGAUGUUGCAGUGGCUUGAGAAUCCAGCUGUGGAGGAGGGACCUCUUCGGACUCAGCUCAAGUCCUUUGCCGUUCAAUAUUCUUCCAGGCAUCGGAUCAAUGAUGUGCGGGGUGGCUUCUUGCACCUAGCUGAAGCUCUGGCGUUCCGUCGCGACACUGAUGUGAUUGGCUCCACUGUAUGUGCCAUCGUCACCACCUUGAAGAGUGGCGAGAAAUAUAACGUGGAGCCUGAGCUGGUCAGCAAAGUCCUCAGAGGCCUGACGGAAACGCACUCGCCGUACCUGGAGGAGCUCUUGGCAGCCCUCUUCUCAGUCACCAUGGAGACUUCAUCCCGCUUUCCCACUACUGGACCCAUUUCUGUAGUGAGCUCCUUGCUGCUCCAGGACAAGGAAGAGCCCAUUGUGAAGAAAGAAGUCGAGAGCGGCAGCAUUGAAACUGCCUGUCUGGGACCUCCAUCCGGCCUUUUCAUUGACUGGUUGGAAAUGCUGGACCCUGAAGUGAUCAGCAAUUGCCCAGAUCUCCAACAGAAGCUGCUGUUCUCCUGGAAGAAGGAUGAAAGCUCUUCCGAGUCGGGGCUGCCCUCUUUCCGCCCAUACCUUUUGGCUCUCCUGACGCACCAGUCCAGCUGGACUACCCUGCACCACUGCAUUAAGAUCCUGCUCUGCAAGAACCGAGAGCACCGAUUUGACCCAACGGCCUCCUUGGAUUUCCUGUGGGCCUGCAUUCAUAUCCCUCGGAUUUGGCAAGGAAGGGAUCAGAGGAUGCCGCAGAAGCGUCGAGAAGAGUUUGUUCUCAGGCUGAAGGCUCCAGAACUAAUCAGCUUGGUGGAACUGAUCCUGGCAGAGUCAGAGACUCGGAGCAAGAAUCCCGAAGAAGCCUCCUGCUCCGUCACCCAGUCCCGGCUGCCGCUCUUGCUCAGUUGCUGCCACGGAGAUGUAGAGAGUAUUAAAAAAGUCACUGAAUACCUGACAGCCUGCAUCCAGCAGCGGGGGAGCAGUUCUAGCUCAGUGGGAAAACAUUGCCAAGACCUCCUCUUGCAAAUGUACCUUCAGCUGCCAGAGCUCUUGAUCCCAGUGCCAGAAACCCUGUUGUCCAGUGAAGGGGCCACAGCCAGCAGCACUUGCAAACUCGACGGCCUGGUCCACCGGUUCAUCACUCUCCUCGCCGACUCCAGCGAUUCGAAGAGCAGCGGGAACCGGCUGUGGGAUGCCAACAUGGCAUGUCGGAAGUUAGCCGUGGCUCAUCCCAUCCUCCUGCUCAGGCACUUACCAAUGAUGGCUGCCCUGCUGCACGGCCGGGUCCACCUCAACUUCCAAGAGUUCCGCCAGCAGAACCAUCUCACCUUCUUCAUCCACGUCUUAGGCAUCCUGGAACUGCUUCAGUCACAGGUCUUCCAGAGCGAGCACCAGGGGGCACUGUGGGAUUGUCUCCUCUCCUUCAUUGGCUUGCUUCAGAGCUACCGGAAAUCUUCUCGCCACCUUGCCACCUUCAUUUCCAAGUUUGUCCAGUUCAUCCACAAGUACAUCACUUCCAAUGCCCAGGCAGCCGUCUCAUUCUUGCAAAAGCAUUCAGAUCUUCUUCAUGACCUUUCAUCAGACAACAGUGACCUGGCCAUGCUGAAGUCUCUCCUGGCUGGUCUGAGCUUGCCCAGCAAAAAUGGCAUGUCAGACAGAGGGGCCGAGGAUGACAAGGAGGAUGAAACAGGAGCCGGUUCUUUGCCUCUCGUCAACAUCUCCCUUUUCACUCCGCUCACCCCAGCGGAAAUGUCCCCAUAUAUGAAGAGGCUCGCCAGAGGUCAAACCGUAGAGGACAUCUUGGAAGUGCUGAGCGACAUUGAUGAGAUGUCCCGGCGGAGGCCGGAAAUCCUGGCAUUCUUUUCCACUCACCUCCAAAGGCUGAUGAGUUCCCCUGAAGAAACCUGUCGGAAUCUGGCCUUCAGUCUUGCUCUGCGCUCUAUCCAGAAUAACCCCAGCAUUGCAGCCGAUUUUCUCCCCACAUUCAUGUACUGCCUCGGCAGCCGUGACUUUGAGGUCGUUCAAACAGCCCUGAGGAACCUGCCUGAAUAUACCCUUCUGUGCCAAGAACAUGCAGCCGUACUGUUACAGAGGGCCUUCUUGGUCGGGAUGUAUGGACAGGUAGACACCAGUUCCCAGAUUUCGGAAGCCUUGAAGAUUCUGCAUAUGGAAGCGAUGCUCUGAACAAGGCAAAGACCCAUAAUGCUUGAUGGGACCACAGUGACUCCAAACCUGCAAGGCAGGGUAUGCGAAGAUGCAUAUUCCUUUUGAAGAAGGGAAGCCUAUGCUAGACAUCUUCCCACAGAAGGAAGAGAAAGACAUUUGGGGAUACUGUGAGUUUAUCCCACACAAGGUUGUCCAAUUUAGGUGAAAAGCGAAAGGUAUGACAGUCCUGUUGCUGGGCAUGGAACAGGAUGGCUAACAGAGAACACUUCUCAUUCAGGUACGGGGUGGGGGGGGAGACAUAUACAUUUGGCCCUCUGUAUUGGCACAGGUUCAGUGCAAAUAACAGAAAACACAGGAUCGUAAGUCCUAUUCGUGUCAAUAGAUGCCAACAUGCGUGAGGUUGCGUCAGCCUGGCUGUGUACACACACUGCUAUUGACAGUAAUGGGGUGGGGCCAUCUGAGGAUGCUCCAAUCUCCGGAUGGCUAGCCUGCAUAUAUGGAGGGCCAACUGUAUUUUGGUGACUUUCGAGGAGUGUGGUUUUGCUAGAGCACCCUGGUGGGACAUGGGAGGGCAUGUCACCCUCUCAAUAGUAAUGACCUAAUAAUUAUGUUUAUUACUCUUAAAAAAUUAAAAUCUUUUAUUUCA